ACCAUCAUGCAAAAUAUCAGAGAACCGACUCAUGCAGGGGCAUGGUAUACAGACAAUUCAAUUAAAUUAAAUAAACAACUUCAACAUUGGUUUGAUGAUGCCAUCUCCGAUGGUAUCCACAAUAAUAGCAGAUCUAAAGUGAUUAUUGCACCUCACGCUGGUCUAAGUUUCUCUGGUCGAACGGCAGCUUAUGCAUACUCUGCUGCGAAUAUCUCACAAUACAAGCGUAUUAUUAUACUAGGACCUAGUCAUCAUGUUUACUUGAAAUCGUGCGCUUUAUCCCCUUUUGAUGCGUACGAUACACCACUAGGUACACUCUCAAUAGAUAAGGAGAUAAAUGACGAACUUUCAUCUACAAAGGCGUUUAAAAGAAUGUCUAAAGUGACGGAUGAGGAUGAACAUAGCUUUGAAAUGCACACACCUUUUAUUAAAAAAUUAGCUAACGAACAUGAUAUCAAGAUUGUUCCAAUACUCGUUGGUAAUAUUUCUCACGAACGUGAAGUCGAGUACGGGAAGUAUUUCGCAAAGUAUAUCAAUGAUCCUGAGACAUUGUUUGCAAUAUCUUCUGAUUUCAGUCAUUGGGGUUCUAGAUUUAGAUACACGUAUUAUCGCCCAUCGAGAAAUGAGCCAGGAGGCAGGUUGGGCAAAUUUGAUGAUGUUGAUGAGACUGGUGACUCUAUACAUGAGUCCAUCUCAGGGUUAGACCAUGAAGCUUGGGAUAUACUCAGUGAAGCACUCAAAGACCCCAAGCAAACACAUGAAAGUUUUACAAAAUACCUGAGUGAGACUGGCAAUACAAUUUGCGGGAGGCAUGCAUUUGGCAUACUUCUAGGUGCUCUCCAUCAUGCAAACCGUGACUACACAAGUGGUAGUGUCAAAUGGACACACUACACACAAUCAUCUAAGGCGCUCUUACCAACUGACUCAAGUGUCAGCUACUCAGCAGGAUAUAUGACCAUGUAGACUAUUAUAAUGUAGAAAUUAUGUAUAACCAUAUUUUU